AACACCUUGUAAACGCUGUAGAUGUCAGAGUUAAUCCUCCCACUACAUAAACACACUGAGUGUCUGUGUGUUUAUUCAGUUUAAACGUUUUAGUUUGCUUUCGUUAUUUACACUAAACCGAGGGUCGUGUUCCAAACAACACUGCAGUAGAUAUGUAGGGGACUACGUGCCUCGGUGACGUCACUGUUCCACACAGGACCCUAUGUAGGGAGCGCGCAGAGAUUUGGGACGCAGCCCGAAAGCUUCUCCUGUCUCUUUAAAGGCCGAUUACAGAGGGCAGUUCGGGGCUUUCUUUUCUUCCCCUAAGCGAACAGUCACGCCUUCAUCACGCCUUCAUCACACCGGGAACGGCAGCAGUGUGCUGACACGCACAGGACACGCAGAUGGGAGAAGGGAGAGAAAAGAGGGAGAGAAAGGGAAUCUAGCGGGCCAUGGAUAGCUGACACACACACACACACACACACACACACACACACACACACACACACACACACACACACACGGAGGUGAUUACACGAGGACGUUUGGAGGACUAUGGACCGAGGACAGUGUGAUGGGACUCAGGACAGAGAUAAGUUCAGGACUCCAUGGUUACAGUGACACAUACAGCUGAACACCAGCAUCAUGUCGGGAGCUUGAAUAUCUGCAGGAGAAUGUGGCGUUUGGUGGAAACACGGAUCUCACGCACAUCUGGAUCCUUCACAGCUGCUUCCAGACAGACUCAGUCAUCCUGACAAUCAGACGUCACUCUGUGCCUUUAUUAACGCUCUCAUUGAUCAGAAACAACAUGGCCGACCAAAGCAACAUCCAGUGCGCUGCUUCUAAAAGCAUCCGUCCGUUUAAGUCCAGUGAGGAAUACCUGUACGCCAUGAAGGAGGACCUGGCCGAGUGGCUGAACGGUCUGUACGAUCUAGACAUCACGGCCGACACCUUCAUGGAGGGCCUGGAGACUGGCUGUGCUCUCUGUCGCCAUAGCAACAACGUGAACCGCACCGCGCUGGAGUUCCUGUCCCAGCACCCGGACUCGACGCUCAUCGCUCCGAGACGGGACGUGGCGUUCCAGUCACGCAACGUGGUUCCUGGAUCGUUUGUAGCGCGCGACAACGUGUCCAACUUCAUCGGCUGGUGCAGGCACGAGCUGCGUAUCAAAGACGUCCUCAUGUUCGAGACCAACGACCUGGUGGAGCGCUGCAAUGAAAAGAACUUCGUGCUGUGCCUGCUGGAGGUGGCGCGCCGAGGGGCCAAGUUCGGCAUGCCCGCCCCCAUGUUGGUGCAGCUCGAGGAGGAGAUCGAGGAGGAGAUUCGUGACCAGGAGAACCUGCAGGAGAACGGCAACAAACCAAGCAGCAGAACAUUUCAUCAGGAAAAGAGGAACAGUGAUUUGGAACCGGAGCUCAUCAACAACUGGAAAGAGCAGAAAAGGAUCUUGUGUGACAUGCGCAACCUGGACGAGCUGGUACGGGAGAUCCUUGGCCAGUGCUCGUGUCCUGCUCAGUUCCCAAUGACCAAAAUCUCUGAGGGAAAAUACAAAAUAGGCGACUCCAGUGCUCUCAUCUUCAUCAGGGUGUUAAGGGCCCAUGUGAUGGUGCGUGUAGGUGGAGGUUGGGACACACUUGAGCAUUACCUCGACAAACACGACCCCUGCCGCUGCAACGCUUACGCUCACCGCUAUCAGCAGGGUAAAGCCAGCGGUCAGGCUCCUCACAGUAAGAACUCGAGCGCUCACUCGUCCCGCUCGGCGAGCCCCGGGCCGCAUUACAGACCCUCUGAACGACGCUCCCUGGAACCUUCAGCACCCUGCGUGCCCACCUCUUCCUCAUCAUCCUCCCCCAGGCUCACCAGGGCCAACCUCGCAGCCGCAGAGUCAAACAGGGGCAGGACGAACGGCACGCUGCUGCCCAAACCGCCCCGAGACAGAUCAGAGCCGCGGCAGUUCAACCCCGUCAGGAAUAAAGACAAUCUUUCACAUUUAACUCGUCGUCUCUCUGGAGAUAGUGACUCAUCUACUGCCUCCUCUAAAGGUGGUGGAGUAGGUGGAGGAGGGCGUUUGUCUUUAGGAUCCCGUCGCACUAACGGAGAUGAGGUCGUCUUCUUAGUCAACCGAAAAGAAGGCAAGCAUGAGAUUGCACGAACAGCGGGGGGUGCCGGACAGAUUCCUGUUCUUCGCCCUCCUCAACCACGAACUCGCAGCACUUCCAGAGAACGUCUUGCACCUGCUCCCACCUCACCAGGCAAAAUGAAGCCCUGCCCGCCUCAAAACAGCAGCACACGUUUUGAGAGAGGGCGAUCCUUAGGGUCAGAUGGGCCCCGAAGGCUCCAGACUUCCCGCUCACUCAGCCAGGGCAAAUCUCCACAACAUGGGCGAAGAAGCGAAGGCAUACCUGCUUCACCUCGCCACAGAGAUGCCCAGGAUGACCCAAGAUCUAAGCAGGCACUUCCAGCUUCACCUAGGCUAAAUGGAGGGUUCUCUAAAAGACAAAUGCCCCCCUCAGCCUCUAGUUCACCGGUUAAAGGGGUCAUCGGAAGUCCUAUGAAGAAGAGCACAGUAGCCCCACGGCCCCCUGCCCCACGCUCACCCUCAGUGGGGAAUCGGAGACUGCUUCCCCCCAUCUCACAGCCUGGUCGGCGCUCUCCACACUCAAGUCCCAGGUCCACACAGAGGUCACCCCAUCACCACCCACCACGGUCACCACGGGUAUCAGGAAGGCCAACUCAGAAAGAAUGGGUUCACCGAAAUCAGUCAGACCCCCAGGAUGACAUGGGGAUUGGAUUCAGCUUACAUUCUUUACCCACUCUUGAUCCAAAACGUGAGCUUGAGCUGUAUCGCAACUUUGAGGCUGAGUUUCUUGCCAACACGGGCCAGACCAGAGUGCCUGAAACAAAUGAAGCAUCAGUGCAGCUCCCAAUCUCUCAGCAAGGCUCAAGGGCAUCAGGUGACACUAAUGUAGCAGAUUCAGCCUACUCAUCUUCUAAUUCCUCGUCCUCCUCUCUGAAUGUAGGGGGGAAAGUGGGAAUCCUGCCUGACCUGCGUGAGACAAGGCGUUCUAAUGGUGCCCGGAGCUGUGCUUUAGAAGAUCCUCCAACUUUGCUGCACAGCCAGAUGCGAGCCGGUCUUCCUAACGGUGGCUUCCGCAAGCUUCCUGCCAUCUCAAGCUCCAUGGAGGAAGGAGAACCAGGACUCCACUCUAACCACCUCCAGGCUGAUCUUCAGAUAAAUGGGGGUCACAAGGGAUUUCUGCACUCUUUAGUACCCAUGGAAGCCCAGGCAGAAUGGGCUGGUUUGGAAGGCGAUAUCACUUUGGAUGGUCAUGGCCGAGAUCUACCCUACGACCAGGGUCUCUCUAGUGAUAUCCCACUCCCAGUUUCAUUCCCAUCACCUCCUCCACCAGAGGACUGCUCAUAUAAUGACUCCUCCAGCGAGAGCUCUUCCAUGUGUUUCAGCCUGAGUGAGCCGAUUUCUGAAGGUUCCUGCAGCCCCCCGUCCUCCCUGCCUAAUGGAGAUGUAGAUGGCACCGUGGUCCUGCGGGCAAAACGAGGGCAAAAAAAGGCAGACAGGGUACCUUCCUUAUACAAGCUUAAAUUACGCCCACGGAUGCGACCUCGCACGGACAACAGGCCAGAGAACAGUCCUUCACGCAUCCCAACGCCGCUCAGUUACAGAGAACUACAGCAACAAAAGGCUUCCAGCAAUCUGACGCCGCCACAAUCACCACGCACCCGCAAAAAUCUCCAUCAAGUCUUUGGCAAUGUCAUCCACCAACAACGGAGAUCAGCCAGCGUAGGAUCGAGGCAGCGCUCGUUCUCGCCAGAGUCCGGCCUGGACCCGGAUGACUGGAUGUAAAGUGCGCUGGAGGUCAUAGGUGUUCAUGUUAACUAUGAGAGUGACUUAAUUCAAGUUCUCAAUCUUUACACAAUCCUGUGCACCUACCAAAGGCUAAAUAAUGACAGGAGAAAGUCUAAAAGCUGUGAAUCUCAUCUAGAAAGAUGCUAAAGCACUUAAACAAGGAUGCCAUGUGUUAGCAUGAGCUUUUGUUAAAGCAUGCCACAUAUCUCACAGCCUGAGCCUGACUACUGGAUUACUGAGAAAAACCUCCAAAGGAUGCGUUUAGCUUAACGUUACGUCAUUUAUUUUUACUGUCAGGAUAUUUAUAGAUCGGCUGUGCGUUUUUCUUCUCUUCCUUGUGAAACCUUUCUGGGUAAUUCACACUGUAAACAUCAGGAAGAUGAAAAGUAGGAAAUGAGAAUGGUGACGAAACAGUUGGUUACAAUGCACAGGGUUCACUGAACGACAGAAGUCUGAUGUGUCACUCUGGGGAGCAAAGUAUGGUGACAACUCGUCUCAUGGAAGUGAGAAACUGGUGCUCAUGAUUCCCAUGACGUCCUUGUCUUUAUGAGUCGGUAUGUCGUAGGAGAGCGUCCUCGCUUGGACAAAGGCAUAUGACAAAUACAACCUUCCCUUUGUUGUCACGACUAAACCUAAAACGGAUAACGGCUUUUUAAUCACAUUUUAAGUUCUGUUAAGGCUUUCAAAUUAUUUCUGCUUUUACUUGGGGUUGCUAUAGCAACUUGCUUCUAAAAAGACAAAGUGGGUUAUUUUUUUUUCCUGUCCAUCGUUCUUUAAUCUAAAGGAAGCCGAAUUUGAAGCUGUCAUUCUAAGGACUUUUUGAUGUGGACGUGAACCGCUCACAGACCGGUGCGGAACGUAGGAAGGCCGGCACCAAGACGACGUUUGCAUUUUCUUGCACAUGGGCUUUUUUUUUAAUACCGUAUUUUCUGGCCUGGUAGCAAACUAUAAAUUCUGGAAAAAAAUGUUUGAGAAAAAUCUGUCGCCAUUUGUGGGUAUAUUCAGGUUUUUAUUUCUAACCCAGACUAAAACAAAUGUUAUAUUUAGCACCUUCUUCCCUGUGGAAACCGUUUAAGGUUUUUUUGUAGAACCGCCACGUGUUCUAGAAAUAAAAUAAACCCUGAAUUUUGGAAUAACUAUUUUGAGGUUAAACAAA